AUGUUAGAAAGGGUAGUUAAAUUAUGUAACCCAUUAGCUGCCACAGUUGCUGUUUUGCAUAAUCCAGUAACUUUACCGACGGAAGAAGAAUGGUUACUAUUACAGGAAUUCUGUAAAAUAUUAAAACCAUUUGAGGUUGUUACUGUAGAAAUGAGUUCCGAAAAACAAAUAACUCUGUCCAAAGUAAUUCUUAUUAUUAAGGGGGUAUUAUCAUCUUUAAAGCGAAUAAGAGUUCAAAUUACGAGUCAAUUAGGAAGAGAUUUAAUACGUUCAUUGCUAGCCUCAAUAACUACACGUUUUGGGAACCCUGAAAAUAACACAAUAAUGGGAAAAUCCUCUUUCCUGGAUCCAAUAUUUAAAACUAAGGGAUUCAAUAACGAUGACUGUUUAAAAAAGGUUAAAGAUAGACUUCAAGAAGAAUUAGUGGAGAUAAUUAAAAAAAGUCAACAAGACGAUACGGUCCCAGAGCCUUCCAAUGAUACACAUCAGUUACCGUUGACGGAGACAUUAAGUACAGAAACUGACGACAUCAUUUGGCAAGAUUUUGACAACUUGGUCAAAUCUUCAAACACUGUAACAAGCCCAACGGCAGUGGCUAUUGCUGAACUAAAAAUGUUUUCAGAAGAGGCGAAUUUAGAAAGAAAACAAAAUCCUCUGCUCUGGUGGAAGGAAAGAGAAAAGAUAUAUCCAUGGCUUGCGGUAUUAGCAAAGAAAUAUUUGUCAGUACUUGCUACAUCCGUUCCAUGUGAGCGUGUAUUUUCUAAGACAGACCAAGACCCAAACAAAAGCACAAAUUCAACACCGGCUCAGAGAACUACCAAAAAAUAUGAUGUUGAUUGA